UAUGGUAAGUACGGAACACAGAAGGAGGGGUGGGGUAUCCCAUUAUGACCUAAAUACCCAUCGUUCUCAACGUUAGCCCUAAGCUUGCAAUUCCCAACACAACCCUUACAACCUUCAAUUCUCUUUGCCCUUGUAUUUCUUCAGCCUCCUUCCUUCCCUUCCUUACCCUUACUCUUCUUUUCCGAUUUUCCCCUUUCUCUCCUUGCCCUUUUCUCUCUUUUUUUACCCGCCAUAUUCAAAAUUCUGUACACCCUUUUCUUGGGGUUCCAAUUUGGAACCCUUUUUCUUGAUCCUUAAUCGAUUUUGGACGAAAUCUGAGAUGGGUUUUCUGUUUUCUUUGUGUUUUGAUUGGAAAAGGGUGGAAUCUUGGAGUUUUAGUGAACUUGGGUCUACUCGAUCUUGACUUCUGGGGCUCUCUUAAUUAAUGGACAUCCUAUUGAUUGAAGUGGUUACUUUUGCAAAGACUAAUGGCGAACCAUGAGUUGAUCCCUGGCCAAAAUCAGGAUUUGGCUGUUGAUAGUGAGAACCAGGAAAUAGUGUUUGACCACACUCAUCAGGAUAUGGGCAUAAGCCAGAACCACGGACUGGAACUAGCCCAGAACCAGAACCAUGAGCAUGAGAUGGGUAUAGCGGACAGCCAAAAUCAUCACGGGAAUCACGAGCAUCAUGAGUAUGAGCACGAGAAUGGCUUACCAAUGGAGCAAAAGCCUGAGCAUGAAAACCAGGAGUUGCCUAAUGAAAACAAUGAGUUAGUUGUUUCUGAACAAGAUGAGUUAGGCAUUGAGGAAAACCAAGAACUUGAUGAUAACUUGAAUUAG